AUGGAGAACGCUUUCACCAACGGUACCAACCAGACUGUCUACGCCCUACAGAAGUUCCUCGCCACCCGCCCCCGAAAGUUGUGGAACCUGUGGGACAGAAGACAGCCAUCAUAUUAUCUUUCGUACACUAAUUAUGUCACGCGUGCGGUGACAUACACUGUUGCUUCCAUUGGCAUUCCUCUGAUCCUCAUGGCCGUGUACUCUGUGUAUUUUAUGGUAAGUUAAUUAUCAUUGAAUAUAUUCAUGUGAUCUUCAUGUCAGUCUGUGUCUGUGGUAUCAUGUGUCUAAGCUGUACUGCUUCAUUAUUACCUCCGCCAAGGAGGUUAUAUUUUUGGUAGCGUUUGUUUGUUUGUCUGUUUGUUUGUUUGUUUGUUAUUGUCUGUUAGCAACUUUAUGGAGAAAGUUACAGACGGACUGACCUGAAAUUUUCACCAGAGGUGCAUCUCAGCCCCAGGAGGAUCCCAUUACAUUUUGGUGGUGAUCCAGAUCACCUUCUGGAUCCAGAAAUUUUUUGAAGGAUUCUUUAUCAUUGUGAGAUAGGGUGGCCAAAGUCUUUAGUAAAAAAUUACACAAAAGGAUCUCAAUGAGUUUUAUGAGGUGUCAAAGGUUGAUCCUGAUCCAGAAAAAAUUCUGGAUACUGUGAUCCAGAACACACAAAAAUAAGGGUGUCAUUGGAAUUUUCAAUGCUGAGAGAUAACCAAUGGGCGGCACAGUGGUGUAGAUGGGCGGCACAGUGGUGUAGUGGUUAGCACUGUCGCCUCACAGCAAGAAGGUCCUGGGUUCGAACCCGGGUCAGGGAAUUUCUGUUUGGAGUUUGCAUGUUCUCCCUGUGUCUGCGUGGGUUUACUCCGGAUACUCCGGUUUACUCCCACAUCCCAAAAACAUGCCUAAGUGGGGUUAGGUUAAUUGGCCACUUCCAAAUUGCCCAUAGGUGUGGAUGGUUGUUCGUCUCUAUAUGUCAGCCUGGCGACUGGUCCAGGGUGUCCCCUGCCUUCACCCGAAGAUGCUGGGAUAGGCUCCAGCCCCCCCGCGACUCCAGGAACGGGAAUAAACGAUAGAAAAUGAAAAUGGAAAGAUAACCAAUGAAGAUACAAGGAAGUGUAUGCUUACAAAUAUUGCAUAAUAAAUCAUGCAUUUAUGUAUCUAAUAUGAGCUUUGUUGUUUUAGGAACAUUAUGAACAGUGAACGUACCAGUUUCAACACAAAUAAAGGUUGAUAAAAGACACGUAACAGUAAAAGUUUUGGUGUGAAUCACAAUAUAAGGGGGGACAUGAGCUGCUUGGCGGAGGUCUGCGCUCUCCGAGUGCUUUUCUAGUUAUUACUAUUAUUAUUAUUACUAUAAUUAUUAUUAUUGUUUUUAUUAUUAGGACUGCAGGGUUUAAAUGAGUUCAGUCAUCUGGAUUUUGGCCUCUGAUGGAGCCCGGCAGACUCAGUUAAGAGUCAGGACUUUUUUGGGUAUCGAGCUCUAGAUAAAAUCAUAUGAUGGAAGAAACUGUCCUUUUUUGAUUUGACAUGUUUCAUUGAAAUGUCUACUUUAAAAAUAUUACGUCUACCUGCCAUAGAGAUGAAACCUGUACAUGGGGAAAAAUGACCCCAAAUCCUCCAAAGUUGGGGCCAGGUUCCUGAAUUGAUCACUGACGGGCUCUGCCCUGUCUUUACAAACAUGAAAUACCUUCAAACUGUUGGACCCUCCAAGUCAGCUUCUCCUCCUGCUUUGGCUCUGCAUCGGGCAAAAUGACCCACUGAUUUGCUGAUGACACAGUAUGGACUCAUGGUCCAUAGGUUUAGAAAUAGAUCUGCCGCACCAGAGAUCUAUUCAUAACAGUGCUGAGGGGCAGACCAGUGUGGUACCUGAUCUAACCUUUUGAGUCAAUGGACUGUAUAGCAGCAUCAGAUCAGACCAUCCUAAAGUCCAAAUCCUCCUACCACAGUUAAUGACCACAGAAACUGACCAUGGUAACCGACAGAAGUAACUGACCAUAGUGACUGACAACAGAAACUGACCAUAGUGUCUAAGGACAGUAACCGACAACAGUGACUAGCCACAGUAACCAACAGAAGUAACUGACCACAGUCACUGACCAAAGUAACUGACCACAGUGACUGACCAGUGACUUACCAGUGACUGACCACAGUGACUAACUACAAUACAUCACCACAGUAACUGAUGACAGUGAUUGACCAGUGAAACAGGUGUGGUAUGGAGCUAAUUCCAGGUCAAAAGGUUUGUUAAUUUGACGAAAAAGUGAUUUAAACAAUAAAAUUAAAAAACUGAAAGUUUGAGGUUUGAUCUUGUUUUGAAAAUAUUACAAACAAGGUUUUCAAAAUAAAAGUAAGUGUAUUGAAGUUUUUUUUUUUUCAACUUAAAGUUUUAAUUCAGCUCUGGAAUUCUUUUGAUAAAAUCAUUUAUUUUUAUUUUUCUCUCUUAAAAAUAUUUUUUAAACUUUAGUACUUAAAGUUGCAGGUUUAAUGUUCUCAGAUCAGGAUCUUUUUUCUUCCACAUCCAAAUCAUGUUUUCAGGUUUUUGAAUUUUUUUCUCCUAUUUAAACUUUUUUCACUUUCAGUUCUCAGUAUUUUCUUAGUUUUAAACUAUUGACCCUGAUCUGGCUUGGGGGGCAUGGCUUUUACAGUUACCAAUGUAUAAAAACUGUAAAACAUGCAGGAUUAAGUUUAACACCCAUACUUUUUUUUUUUUUUUUUUUUUUAGAAAACAAACUUCAAUUUUAUUUUUGUGGGACCUCAAAUGCAACAUCAUAUUUGCCAAAAUCUCUAUGUGCAAUUUUUUUUUUUCUCGUUCAAACUGAUUUUUUGUUUGUUUUUUGUAACAACAAAACAGAGUAACAACAACAACAAAAACAACAACAACAAAAAAAAAGAAAAAAAAAAAUUAACAAAAAUACUUUUGUGAGGGAGGGGAGGGGGAAAGAAUAUAUAAUAGAGAAUUAAAAAAUAAAAAAUAAAAAAAUAAAUCUUAAUUGGAUUACAAUGAAAUAUAUAUGAUAAUAAUAAUAAUAAUAAUAUAUAUAUAUAUAUAUAUAUAUAUAUAUAUAUAUAUAUAUAUAUACAUAUAUAUGUGUGUGUAUAUACAUACAUACAUAUAUACAUACAUACAUACAUACACACACACAUAUAUAUAUAUACAUACAAAUACAUACACACACACACACACACACACACACACACACACAAUCUAACACCCAUACUUUACGAAUCAAUAUACGCAGGUAAGAAAUGCUGUUUUAAGACAAGGUAGAGCGGAAAUGUUCCUACAGAUCUUUAUGCUGGGUAACUUUUUAAAGGUAGGGGGAAAAAAUAAGACCUAAACUUCUAAAAAUAUAUUUAAGAGUGAGAAAUUAAAAGUAAUGAUUAAAACUGAAUGAUCAAAACUAUAUUUAAGUUUCACACACUAAUUCUUACUUUGAAAACAGUGUUUAUAAUGUGAGUUAUGCAGCAGCCGAAGGCGGAAACCUUGGCAGUCCAAUCCUCGGCUGCAGAGGCUAGUUCUAGGGACAUGAAAUGUCGCCUCUCUGGUGGGGAAGGAGCCUGAGCUGUUGUGCGAGGUGGAGAGUUCUGUCUAGAUAGAGUCAGACUCACCUCAACACAUAGUGUGGGCUCUGGAACCAGCCCUCUUGACAGGGGCUGGACUCUCUUCUACUCUGGAGUGGCUACUGGUGAAAGGCUCCAGGCAGGGGUGACACUACUUAUUGCUCACUGGCUCUGUGCCUGCAUGUUGGGGUUCACCCAGGUGGAUGGGAGGGUAGCCUCCCCUCACCUUUGGGUGGGGGACUGAUUCCAACUGUUUUUUGUGCCUAUGCUUCAAACUGCAGCUCAAAGUAUUCACCCUUCUUGGAGUUAAUGGAAGGGGUACUGGAGAGUGCUCCUUUGAGGGACUCCCUGGUUCUGCUGGGGGACUUCAACACCUGUGUUGGCAAUGACAGUGAGACCUGGAGGGGUGUGAUUGGGAGGAAUGGCCCCCCCCUGAUUUGAAUCCAAGUGGUGCUAUGUUAUUGGAUUUCUGUGCUUGUCGCAGAUCGUGCAUAACAAACACCAUGUUCAAACACAAAGGUGUUUACAUGUGCACUUGGCACCAGGACACCCUGGGCUGCAGUUCUAUGCUCGUUUUUUUGGUCAUAUCGUCAGACUUUAGGCCACUUGUCUUGGACACUGUGGUGAAGAAAGGGGAGGAGCUGUCAACUGAUCACCACCUGGCGGAGAGCUGGCUACAAUGGUGGGGGAUUAUGCCAGUCAGACCUGGAAGACCCAAAUGCAAUGUGAGGGUCUGCUGGGAACGUCUGGCAGAGUCUCCCAUCAGAAAGAGUUUCAACUCCCACCUCCUGGAGAGCUUCAACCAUGUCCUGGGGGAGUCAGCUGAUCGGAGCUGUGGCCAUAAGGUGGUCAGUGCCUGUUGUGGCAGUAAUACCAGAUCCCGUUGGUGGACAACAGUGAUGAGGGAUCCCAUCAGGCUGAGGAAGGAGUCCUAUCAGGCCUUUUGCCUGUGGGUCUCUGGAGGCAGCUUAUAUGUACCAGCAGGCCAAGCAGAAUGCGACUUCGGUCACUGAGGCAAAAACCUGGGCAUGGGAGGAGUUCAGUGAGGCCAUAAGGAACAACUUCAGGAUGGCUUUGAAGAGGUUCUGGACCACCAUCCAGCACCUCAGGAGGGGGAGGCAGUGCAUUGUCAACACUCUGUAUGGUGGGGAUGGUGCACUGCUGACCUUGACUCUGGACGUUGUUGAUUGGUGGAAAAAAUACUUUGAAGACCUCCUCAAUCCCACCAACAUGCCUUCCAGGGAGAAAACAGAGCUGGGGGACUCAGAUGUGAGUUCUUCUAUCUCUGGGGCUGAGGUUGCCGAGGUGGUUAAUUAGCUCCUCGGUGGCAAGGCCCCAGGGGUGGGUGAGAUCCUCCCUGAAUUCCUCAAGGCCCUGGAUGUUGUGGGGCUGUGCUGGUUGACACAGCUCUGCAACAUUGCUUGGACAUUGGGGGCAGUGCCUCUGGAUUGGCGAACCAGGGUGAUGAUCUCCCAUCUUAAGAACGGGGAUUGCAAGGUGUGUUCCGACUAUAGGGGGAUCACACUCCUCAGUCUCCCUGGAAAGGUCUAUUCAGCGUCCUGGAGAGGAAGGUCCGCCAGAUAGUCAGACCUCAGAUUCAGGAGGAGCAAUGCGGUUUUCACCCUGGUUGUGGAACUGUGGACCAGCUUUACACUCUCAGCAGGAUCCUUGAGGGUGCAAGGGAGUUUGCCCAACCAGUUCACGUGUAUUUUGUGGACUUGGAGAAGGCAUUUGUCCGUGUCCCUCAGGGAAUCCCGUGGGAGGUGAUUGUGGAGUAUGGGGUACCAGACACCCUGACAAGGGCUGUUCAUUCCCUGUACAACCAGUGCCAGAGCUUGGUCUGCAUAGGCAGUAGUAAGUCGGACUCGUUACCGGUGAGGGUUGGACUCUGCCAGGGCUGCCCUUUGUCACUGAUUCUGUUCAUAACUUUUAUGGGCAUAAUUUGUAGGUGCAGCCAGGGCAAUGAGAGGGUCGGGUUUGGUGGCUUCAGGUUUGGGUCACUUUUUUUUUUUGCAGAUGAUGUAGUCCUGUUUGCUUCAUCAGGCCAUGACCUUCAGCUCUCACUGGAUCAGUUCGUAGCUGAGUGUGAAGCAGCUUGGAUAAGAAUCAGCACCUCCAAAUCUGAGCCCAUGGUUCUCAGCCAGACAAUGGUGGAGUGCCCUCUCUGGGCCAGAGCUGAGAUCCUGACCAACGAGGAGGAGUUCAAGUAUCUUGGGGUCUGCUUUCCUGCGUUGAAAGGAGUCAGACAAGGUGGCUUGGGCAUCUAAUCAGGAUGCCUCCCUGAAACUUUCUUUCCUGCAGGUACGAAGUGAUCAUGUUGCUCCAAUCUACAUCAUCAACCUCCUUGUUUCUGACCUCAUUCAACUCUGCUGCAUGAUCUCAUGGGAGGUGCCCUCACUGAGUUUGAAUGGUGGAAGGAUCUCUUCUGAGGUUCACCAAAGUGCUGUGCUGGCCAGUGUUGGAUUCAUGGUGGCUCUCGCCAUGGAAAGGUAAGGACCAAUCAGCCCAUUUUGUGUGUAAUGAUGUAGGUCUGUGUUUUUCAGACAGUAGGUGAAGCUCGUUACCACUUCAGGCUUUAACUUCACCUGCUUGACAGGGAUGAGCUGUUAACUCUUUGCCCCAUAAAAACUCAGACUGGUCUCCACUGUAGUGUUUAUGUCUGGACUUUUACUGACCAUCACUUAUUCUAUUGAAGAAUCUUCUGAUAAAAAGUUUCAUUUUCUUCUUUCUUAUUACUUUUAUUUUUUGUUCUUGUAUUUGUCUAUUUACAGGUACUUAGUCAUUGUCCACCCCCUGCGGUACUGUGUGAGACGAUCCAUCAAGACCACUGUGGUGGUCUGUGUCGUGAUCUGGGCCGUUUCUAUCGCUCUUCACUUCUCAUAUGGCACCAUCGUUGGCAGCUUCCUCCUGCCCUUCCCGCUGCUCAUAUUCUUCCUGGUCAGGACCCUCAGAGCCCUAUCUCGCUCCAUCUCAGUCCCUGUGAAUGAGAAACAAAGAAUUGCAGGAGUUUUAAUCUUGGUGCUGGUCAUUUAUACGCUGCUGUUCCUGCCUGCUGUAAUUCUUAUCCUGGUAGGGGCGGUGUCGAGAUCUGUGUUACGGAAUUUAAAUCUGUGGAGAAUGUAUCACAUAUGUAUGAGGGUGAGUGUUAUCGCUGACUUAGUUCUGUAUGUUUUCAUUAGGAAAGGGACCAUAUCCAAGCUUACAGACUUAGUGUGCUGUCGCAAAGUGAAAAACAACAAUCCAGAAACAACAACCACUGAUGGUGGAAGUGGAGCUUAA